CUCGUAUUUACCAGGUCUGCACAGGUGAUACGAGCACAAUCUACCCACUGCCUACAACACGCCCGAGCAGCCUUUCGCAAUUCCUCCAGUCCAUCUAUCAUGCCAUCUAUCGUCGGAUACAUGUAGAGGCGACGUGUACGGAGUGCUGUUCCUCCAUAUCGAUUCCCAUCUUAUUCCGCCCGUGCGCGUUUCAGCCGCCGUGAUAUGUCCGUUUUCCGCCACCGUCAUCACUGUCAUUGACACGUGCCUCUGCACUUCCUCUCUCCUUUUGAGUUUCCAAAUACCAGGUAACCAGACUGCGUUACCAUCUUUCUCGGUGCAUCCCAACGCUGAAAAGGGUCAUGUCUUCAUCAGACUCGAUCACUUCGCAGAGCAGCUAUGAUGAUUCUGACCGGGAGGCUCCCCGCCAUCAUCAUGCUCGCCAUGACUCUCACCGUUCCGGACGCUCUGAGAUGACCACAGACACAAGGACUCAGCGGCCACUGCCCGAUCUCCCAGCCUCGCGGCCCUCCGCAUCGCGCUCUGCCUCUGCCUCUGGUUCCGGCUCUGGCUCAGGAGCCGGCCCCAGUGGUCCGCCGCUGGCGACCGCACUGCGAGACCGGCUCCUGCCCCUCCCCCUCCCCUCCGCCGAACAGACUACUGAAGAACGCAGGCGAAGCAUUAUCGCCCUUGACCGCAAGAGGAGGCUUACCAACCCAACAAUGCAUGAGGAAGGCAGGAGAAGGACGAACAUUGGCACCAUUCAUGAUCGGAGAAUGAACUACGAUGCUCCCCGCGCGGAUGGCCCUUCUUCUCCUCCCACGCCCCGGCGUCAUGCCUCAUCCGAUACCAACAUCAACCGGCCCUUACCUGAGAUUGUAGAUCUGACAGGUUCAUCUCCUCUGCCGCCGCUACCGCCGCCGCAACCCCAAACACCUCGAGGCAAUAGGCCGAGCAGAUCCUCAUCGGGAAAUUCACGACAAUACGUGGUGCCGAGGUGGCAGCCUGAUUCAGAGGUCAACGGGUGUCCUAUCUGUAAACGGCCCUUCACAUGGGUGUUCAGGCGUCAUCAUUGCAGAAAGUGCGGCAGAGUGGUCUGCAAUGACUGCUCACCACAUCGAAUCACAAUUCCCCGACAAUUCAUCGUCCAUCCACCAGGCCCUGACGUGGUCAGUUCUCCUGUGAAUUCUACAUCCCGCCGGUCGGGAUCACUGGAUUACAAUGGAGCUGAUACUGAAGACAAUCUAUUCCGAAGCGCGUGGAACCCCUAUUCCUAUAACGCUCAUCCUCAACUAGAGGGCGGAGAGAAAGUGCGACUUUGCAACCCCUGUGUGCCCGAUCCUCAACCGGAUCCCCUGUCGAACUAUCCUCUGGUAGCCGAUUUCACCUCUCGUGACGCUCCAUGGAGUGCAGGAGGGCGGCAAGCUACAACUCUGAACCAUGUAUUUGGUCCCGAUGAUAGGCCGAGUGGUUAUGCUUUGGGAAUGGGAGAUUAUUCAAGGCAUACUGCGGUGCUGGACAAUCCCCCCUCGCAGCAUUCCCCUCGAGCAACUGAAGCAGGUUAUGGGAAUCCAGAAAGCAGAACCGAUCCUUUUGGAUGGCUUGGCCCGUAUCGAGGGCAACCAUCACCCACUAGAUAUCGUUUCCAAGCAUCGCCAUUUUCUGGAGGCACCAAUCAGUUCCCAGGGCCUUCCUCUAGGGACUAUUCAGCUCAUGACGGGCAAUUGACCUCUAACCGUCCGCGCGCAAGCUAUCCGGAGCCCCGACAGCCUCGUGAUGAAUUACUCGGCAUCGCGUCACAGCUACGCCGACCUCUCCCUCGAUCCUUGCAUGUCCUUGCUGACAGCCCUUCGGCGCGACCACGACUGAACGAAAACGAUAUAUGUCCAGUCUGUCGUCGCGCGUUACCCCCUCGCGGUCCGAAUGGUGACGAAACAGCCCGCGAAACGCAUAUAAUGGACUGCAUCUACUCUCGCGAUCCGUCCUAUCAUGCUGAAUCUAGCAACACGGUAGUUGCCAGGACCGUUGAUAUAGGAGGUCCAAUAUCACAGUCGCACUCCCUAGUACCACCUCAUCCACUGCAGAUGCUUACCUUCACGGCCACCGAGAAAGAUUGCGUCUCGCAAGAAGACGGCCAGGUACAAGAGUGCUCCAUCUGCAUGGUUGAGUAUGAUGUUGGCGAUGAAUUGGUCAGGCUGGAGUGCUUGUGUAAAUUCCACAAGAGUUGUAUUUUGGAGUGGCUGGGACGGAAGGCGGAAUGCCCAGUGCAUAAGCUUAUAGGAUGACCCACGCAGGCACUGUUUUCUUUUCGUUCUCUGAUGUUUGAAUGAUGCAUGACUGAUGAUGGGGAAACGAAAGAUCUUUCGACGGCGCAUCUUCGUUCGUGAAGCACUUCGCUUUGAGUUCCAGCGUAGAGAGAAUAAAUUGGAGGGGAGUUUUCUGCAGUGAAAGGACGACUCUUGAAUAGAUGCUCCAGUUAGCAUGUCCAGGAUUCGAAGGACUCGCAUAUCAAUCCGUAGGGAGGGGGGCACCAGAAUGUUGACCCUGCUAGUUUUUAGCGCGUAGACUGGAAACCUAAUCUAGG